AUGUCCGCCGCGAUGAGGGCAAGUUCCGCCAUGAACCAGAGCAUCACCGCGGCCCAGUGUGGGUACUCUUCCCUGCAAAUCUCGGCCAGGUGGCGGCCUGUAGCUACGCCCAGCCGCAGAGAUAACAAUUGGAUGAGGAGGCCCAUAACAGUGGCCCACAUCAGAAGCCACAACAGCGAAUCGCCUUCCAGAUUCCCCGGAUCCAGAAAGGCAACGCUCAUCAAGAAUCCGGGCCCGGUAAAUUUCCAGAGCUUCCGCCAGGAAAACGGAGGUACAGAGACGCCCGGUGAGGAUUCGGGUUGCUCGAUCUCCACCGCGUGGAGUAGGAUGCUUUUUUCUAGGGUUUCGUUGGCGACGGGCGGAGGCGGCGCGGUGGGGGAGGACGGAGGAGGAAGGAGGGGAUUGGUGUCGGCAUGGCGGUGGUGGUGGUGGAGCGUAGUCGGGAAGGUGGCGGGAUUGUUGGGGUUGAGGCUUGUAGGGGAAGAGAUCCACCCACCAUCCAACUCCAUCAUUUUCACCCCAAAUCUUCUUAUUUACCUUGGCCAAGCAGCAACCCCGCCAUUCACUGCCUUAAUCGACGACAACAUGCCAUCAAAUAACUCUCCCAUGUUCGAAAACCAGCCACCGCCGAUGGUUCACAUCAAUCGUAACCUCUCGAGUCACCGCCGUCUUGGGAAGCAAUCACUGAGCCAUUCGAGGAGCACGCAACUAUCAACCCGACAUGACGAGACCACCGGCGACAGCCCCGCGUUCAAACGGCACCCCACCGGGAGACGCGUAAAUCACCCCGAGAGCCGUUCGAGCCACCACAAUCUCAGCCGCGCCCCGUCGAUGACAAAGAACCGAGAUCGAGCAGCUCCCACCGCUGAACGUCAUCUCUAA